UUUACAAUCUAUUCACUAAUAUGAUUCUCUCAUUUUUUUAUUGGAACAGAAUGGAGCAAAACAAGAAGAAGAAUGCUUCAUAAGAAAAAAGAGUUAUUCCCUCUAUUAGUAGCCCUGCUAUGAUCUAAUAGUACGAACCUAGAACCCAAAUCAGGCGAUAUGUGCCUGAAGUAGAAUAAGAGAGGCAGCAAAGAAAGCGAUAAACAGACAGGUUUCAACCUAAAGCUACGUGCGAGGAUGACGAUCUUCAAUUGAAUUAUCUCUAAAUUGGGAAAUAAACAAAAAAAAGAUAGAAGAGUCAAACUUAAAAAUUGUAGAAGUAUGACUAUAGAAAACAUUAAAGAAACAGAUCAGAGCAGAGAUCUGCAUAAUCUAAUUAAAUUUAAGGAAUCACUAAUGAAAAGUAUAAUGAAUUUGAUGAUCUCGAUAAAAUAUCUGAUGAUAAAGCUGAUCUAUGCAUUAGAAAUCUUCCUUCAAAUAGAUUAAUGAAAAAAAUGACAAUAUGA